AGCAGCAGAAUCAGAUCCCGAGUUUGCCUGUUGCCAGCAGACUGUCAAUGAAGGGAACACGCUACAAUAUAUUUGAACUAGGAUAGCAGCUGCAAAGCCAUGUCUUUAAACUACAUCAAGAAUUUUUAUGAAGGAUGUCUCAGGCCUCCAACAGUGAUUGGACAGUUCCACACCCUCUUCUUUGGCUCUGUGCGCAUGUUCUUUCUUGGGGUUUUGGGCUUUGCGGUUUAUGGCAAUGAAGCUUUGCACUUUAGCUGUGAUCCAGACAAGAGAGAGCUAAACAUCUUCUGUUAUAACCAAUUCAGACCAAUAACACCUCAGGUAUUCUGGGCAUUACAGCUGGUGACUGUUUUGGUUCCUGGAGCUGUUUUUCAUCUUUAUGCUGCUUGUAAAAAUAUAGACCAGGAAGAAAUCCUCCAAAAACCCAUCUACACUGUGUUUUAUAUAAUCUCUGUCCUGUUAAGAAUUAUUCUUGAGGUUCUAGCAUUUUGGCUUCAGAGUCAUCUUUUCGGUUUUCGGGUUCACCCACUUUACAUGUGCGAUGCUAAUGCCCUUGAGAAAACGUUUAAUGUUACCAAGUGUAUGGUACCAGAACAUUUUGAGAAGACCAUCUUCCUCAGUGCAAUGUACACCUUUACUGUUAUCACAGUGGUGUUGUGUGUUGCAGAGAUUUUUGAGAUACUCUGUAGAAGAUUGGGCUAUUUGACCAGUCAAUGACCCCAAUGUUAUUGACAGCAGAGCUUCAGGUCGAUUAAUAAACACUCUUUGUGCAUUUGCUUUGUGUGUAAUCCAGGUCUUUAAACAGAAACAAAGUCUGCAUGUUAAAUACCUCUGUUUUUUUCUGUUGGAAAUUAACAUACAAUAGCCUUUUAUUUUGUAUUGCUGCAAUCACAAAGUUCCCAUAGGACCGACAGACAAUUAUUGUGAACCUACAGUAGUUGGAAAAGAGAAAAAAGUUUUACAGUUAUCAGUUUUUAAUUUUAAAAAGCUUCUGAGGAUCUGUUAUGGUUUUGUUUUGUGUUUUAAUCAAUAUCAAACGGAUUGUUUUUCUUUUUUAGCUGUAUAAUACAGCCAUAAACUUAAAGGUGAGACAACAUAUCCAUAAAUUUAUAUUUUAAGAAAUUGACCUUGUUUUAGAUGCUUUAGAUGUUUCAUUAAUUAGACCAGGGUCUUUGCUAAAUGCAGGAUGAAUAUGUUAUUCUUAUUUAAUUAUACAAUUUAUCCACAACUCUGACAGGUGCGGGUUGGGAGACUGUGGUGCAGCAUAGCCAGCUGGUCUGACACUUAUUGGGAACCCCCUUGGUGAUGCUGGCUCAAAUACAUUUGGUUUUUCACCAUUAAGUUCCUGUGCUUCAUACUUAAGUGAACAAUGCCCUGAUACUGGUUUGUUUCAGUUCUACAUUUUAUCAAACUGCAAAUGUCCAUUAUAUACAUAUAUAUUUUUUUGUUUGGAAAAAACAAAAACAAACAUAUAGUAAGAAAAACACCACAACAAGUUCUAUCCAGUGUGACAGUGUUUUGGGAGGUCUCAUUAGAGUAACAGCUGCCAGCAGUUGAAUUGCUAUUUCCUUUCAAGUCAUUUAUCUUUGUUGUGGAAGCUGAAAUUAAUGUAUGCUAACAGAGGGACAGGGACAGUUGUGAUUUUUAAGAAAUUUAGGAAUUGUGUAUUUCUACUAGUUUUACAUAGAAGCAGCGUAUGUUCUAUAUUUAUAAAAGUUGUGGGCAUUUUAGAAAUGUGAUAAAUCUUUGGCAACUUUGUUUUCAUUUUUUGCAACUGCAGGCGACUUCCAGAAAGAUUUUUGCAACUUAUUAUCUUUUUUAUUAAAAGGUAAAGCAGGUUGCUAUUUCUUUUUAUUGCAGUUUGUGGCACAGUAAUUGCUGUGAAUACAUGCCAAAGUAUCUUAGAAUAAUAUAAAAUUCCCAAAUAUUCAAAAGGCUGUUCUUUUGUAAUCGAUAAAACACUGGAUAGUGUUGAAAAUCCUGAGCGAAAAUAUCUUAACUUUUUUCCCCAGCAGUUUAACCAUAGUUAUCCGUACAACCUGGAACAUGCGUAGUGCUGUCAAUCGCAGUUUACCUUGUGAUCAGUUAUUGUUUUAUUUUAAUUUUUAUACUUACUCAUCCUAAAACAGUACUGGUCACAGUGUGUCUGGAUAACUGAUGUUUCACUGUAUUUUUAAUCUGUUAAAGACCCUACACAUAACAUAACCUGUGAAAUAAUCCAUGUGUAGUGGCCAAUAUAAAAGUUAUUAACUUUAUUUUGUUUAUUGAGAUCUGUAAGUAAUUAUCAAGCAUCCAUCCAACUUCUGUUUUACUAUUUUCAGCUAAAUGUAUCAUCUCAGGUACAAUAUGGUUUACUGUGUACAGGUAUACAUUCUGACCAUUUCUGUGUAGUUUUUGGAUACUAAUUCCAGUAGUUGCUUUUAAGGUAAAUUUGAUCAAGUUUACAGAUGUCCAUAAAUGUCUGUAAAACAAUAAUAAAAUGUGUAUUAAGUAUGCUGUUUUAGUAUUUUGUAUAUAUUCUAAUUUAGUUAUUUUUUAACAUCUGUAAGGAGGAACGUUUUACCUUGUUACUGAUUUCUUACAGAGCCUCAAUUUAAACAGUGUGAUGGGUUAUGAAACAAUACAUUGGAGACGUAUGUACAGAUUGACUACAAUGUUAUCAAUUUUCUGUUCAAUUUUUGUAAAUAAGAUGUCACUUACAAGAAAAUAAGUUUUUCAAUAACAUUUGGGCGGGGCAUUCAGCAGAAAAAAAAAAAAAAAAAAACUUUGAUUGUUCAUUAUUUAUUCCAGCAGCACAUGCCCUCUAAAUGUAUGGCUUGAAUUUUUGAAGAGAAGUCUUUUUCAGUGUCUUCAUGUAAGUCAAAACAACAUUAAUACCCUUCGGAAUUGGCAUUGCCUGCUUGAGAAACAUACUGUGUGAUGGUCAGAUAUAUAGCAGGUAAUGCAAACUGCAAAGAGGAAUAAUAAUUCACUUGGCAAGAGACUCGGAGAAGGUGAUAUUGUCUAUAUUGACCGACAAAGACACACACUGUACAUGUAACAUUCAUGGGGUUUCCUUGAGGGUCUAUUUACACGUGAAAUGGCGAUGCGCGCGCAGGUUUGGGAGAAUUACUUGUGUAAAUCAGGUUUGAGGCCGAAAAAAACGGUCAAAGAGAGGGAUAGGGUAAAUCUGAUUUACUCGUGUAAAUGACGAAACACGAGAAAAACCACGCCCAGUUUCGUGUGGAAACCCGCAUUUCACGUGUAAAUGUUAAUGAGCUUGUUUAUCCUUAAAUAUAAAUAUUGCAAGGGAGCAGGUCAGUUGUUACUGUGAAUUCCAAGACAGCAGAAAGUAGUGGCUGAUGGCCGAUUUUAUGGUUAGCAGUGGUAUAGUUCACCUUAAUGGUAAUGCGGGCGACUUUUUAUUUUAUUAUUGUUUUUUGCUGUGUUUGGACUGUCAUGUUGUAUAUCUCUUGUGGGUUUACAGUUCUGUAUAAAACCACUUACCAUGAACUGCAUUAUGCCCUUGUUAUAGUAGUAAAGCAGCUGUUAGAGAAUACCCUUGCUGUAAAAACUACGCUAAAUUUAAACACGAAGAGCAAUGAGCUGCUUAAAUGUAACAAUUAAUUCCCGCCCUUUUUUUCCAAAGACAAUGUGUGUCCGCCCCAUGUUAAUAAAUAUUGGUGAACUGGAUGUCAUGAUCCAGCUCGAUCGUCCAAAACAGUGCAACAACAUCCAACAAGUUGUUGAUGCCCUCUCAGAACUGCCCAAAUAUGAUUGCAAAUGAACAUAUUGAUUGUGUUUUAUUUGUUUGCAUCAUUAAUAUUUAACACAACAGUAAAUCCAACACAACUUAAAAGAAAGGAGAGAAUCUCUGACAGGACGAGCCUCCUCAGAUCGCUGCUGGCCAAUUGAAACUGGCGGCUAGGUUUGCUGCCCCACCGGUAUUUUACCAGACUGUCCGGUAUUUUUAUGUACUUUGACCCCCUGUCCGUUUUUUUUGGAAGAUGUCCGGUAAUUCUAAGCAUUCUAAUCUAUUGGAUAUAUUCUUUAAAAAUGUGUUACAA